AUGCGCACGUGCAUUUCGUGCUUCGAAAAGAGCAUGACGAUCGUCGACGCGCUCUGCCCAACGUGCACACAUCCGCAACAAGAAGGAAAGGAGCUCAAGCUGCUGCACUUGCGCCUCAAGAUAGCUCUACGAUCUGCAGCAACAAAUGGGUCUGCGCGUGAUGUGCCUGCAGUCCCGCGUAGCGUCCUGCGCUGGCUAGCGCGCUAA